UCUCCCAUCCAGGCACCGACCAGACCUGACCCUGCUUAGUUUUAGCAGGGUGCUAGCCUCACAUGCCUUCAGACCAUAGCCCUUCUCUGUUCCCCAGCAUUGUUGUCUUUUCUAGUGAAUCGUGUCUUCUCAUGAUGUGUCCAAAGUACGGCAACCUCAGUUCCAUCAUUUCAGCUUCUAGAGCCACGGCUCCUUUAAGAAGGCGGCAGGGGGCGCGACACUAUCUUUUUUCGCAGCGAAUCCAACGUUCCAUCCCACCCGAACGUUCCUUCCCAUUCACCUUUUUGCCCCGCUCCGCUGGGCGUUCUACUCUCGCUUGGAACGCGGCUGCUUCGCUUCCGCGGCCGGCGCGGAUCGAUGAGGCGCUUUUGGAGCUGCGGCCGGUGGCUGGCCCUCGGCCUGGGCUUGGGUGCCGGCUUGUUCGGGAGGCGGCAGCCGAAGGAGGAGGAAGAGGCGGCGGCCGAGGGCGGGCUCCUCAGCCGGCUGCCGGUGGUGCCGGUGGUUGCCGCGGCGGAGGCGCUGGCCCGUGGCGGGGGCGAGCUGGCCAAAUACGGCCUGCCGGGGCUGUCCCAGGUGCGGAGCCGGGAGUCCUACGUGCUGUGCUACGACCCUCGGGCCCGGAGCGCCCUCUGGGUGGUGGAGCAGCUGAACGCGGCCACCCUGAGCGGCUCCUCGGAGCGCGCCGCCUGCGACUUCCUCGAAGACGACUCGGUCCACGAGUACCACCGGGCCAGCAACGCGGACUACCGGGGCAGCGGCUUCGACCGGGGCCACCUGGCGGCCGCCGCCAACCACAAGUGGAGCCAGAAAGCCAUGGCCGAGACCUUCUACUUGAGCAACGUCGCCCCCCAGAAUCCUCACCUGAAUCAGAAUGCCUGGAAUAACCUGGAGAAGUAUUGCAGGAGCCUAACCAAAUUUAACAAGAACGUGUAUGUCUGCACUGGGCCACUUUUUCUACCCAGGAUGGAACCUGACGGGAAGAUGUACGUCAAGUAUCAGGUGAUUGGGAGAAGCCAUGUGGCCGUCCCCACCCACUUCUUCAAGGUGCUCAUCCUGGAGAAGCCCAGCGGCGAGAUCGAGCUACACUCGUAUGUCAUGCCAAACAGCCCCGUGGACGAGAAGAUCCCGCUGGAGCGGUUCCUGGUCCCCAUCGAGAGCAUCGAGCGGGCAUCGGGCCUGCUUUUUGUCCCUAACAUCCUCAAAAGGACUAGCAACUUGAAAGCCGUCACAGCCGGAAGCAACUUGAAAGCAAUCACAGCCAGAAGCAUGGCCUAAAAAAAAAAAAAAAAGCAAUUCCUGAGACCUUGGCGACAGACAGUUGCCAGUCACCAGGGUCUGCCCAGAAACUUGCAGAGCUAAAAAUCACUUUGGUGGCUUCCUCUCCCCCUUAUUUUCUGUCUGGGUGCCCCUUUGGAGGGUGAUGACAUGGGCACAGGGCUUUUUAGGUUGUGGCUCCCCCUCUGUGGAAUGCUCUUCCCCAAUGAGAUCUGCCUGGCACCAUCAUUAACAUUCUUUUGGCACCGGGUAGAAACUUCUCUUUCCCAAGGUGUUUUAUGCUGCUGUUUCACAGGCCAUUUUGUAAUGUAUUUUUCCCCAAUGUUCUGCUCUAUGCUCUUAAAACUUUAGGCGUUUCCACGUGAACCCACAAUGUGACAAGCAGACAAUAAAUUAUAUUAAUAACAUUUAUUAUUACUGAGGGAAGAGAGUUAAUACAUCACAUAAUAAUGAUUUAUUAAUAUUACUUAGCAGGGGGGAGCAUUCAUUUUCUGUCUGGCUAUAACCACUAGGUAAGUCUCCCAGAGCCCUCUCACAGCUGCCUGCAGCCCCGAUUCAGACCUAUUUUGGGGGGGAGGGUGUAGGGUUUGCAUUGGUGAGGUUGCAGCUUCUGUGGGCUUCCGAAUAUUGGCAGACAGGUGUGUGAAGUUACAAACUGGGAAUUUUCUUGUGUAGUGGGAAACUGCCUCUCUCUGUGUGGGCUCGGGGAGAACUCCAUUUAGUCCCCUGACCUGAGGCUCUUCCACAUGUCUUAAGCUGGAGAAAAGCUAUUUGUGUUGAAACUACCUUCUCUCCCUGUCCCUGCUUGCCACCCCCACCCCCACCCCAAUUUACAUUGAAAUUACCCACACACACGCUUAAACAAGAUUUGCCAUUUUAUGCAUCAAAGAUACUCCUGGAAUACUGUUAUUUUUAAGAAAUCAAGAUUCCUACAGAAAUCCUGUUUUGUCAAUAAAGACAUCUCCUCUCCGCUCGA